AGAAACGCAAAGCCGAGGCUGAAAGAAUUAGACAGAAAUAUCCUGAUAGAAUUCCGGUCAUUUGUGAAAAAGUUGAAAAAUCAGACAUUGCAACCAUCGAUAAAAAGAAAUAUCUUGUUCCAGCUGAUCUCACAGUUGGGCAGUUUGUUUAUGUGAUCCGUAAGAGAAUUAAAUUGAGCCCCGAGAAGGCAAUAUUCAUCUUUGUGGAUGAGGUCCUGCCACCUACCGCUGCUCUUAUGUCGAGUAUCUAUGAUGAACGUAAGGAUGAAGAUGAUAUUCGGGAGAAAAUACCUUUGGAUCUCUCGCAUAAUGUGAUUAACACAUUUCCCUUUGUAAAAUGUUUAAAAGUCACUUCUGCUCAUUGA